AUGCCUGAACAGAUUACUAUUGGUAGUACAACAACCAAAACUGACAGUGUUGGUUUCAAUCUUUCCCUUUUAAAGGGAGGCACCAUUAGUCAAACCAUUGUGGGAGGUAUUAUUACUGCACUUGUUCUUGCCUCAACAGUUGCCACUAUUAUUCUCGUGAGUGUUGGAGUUGGUUAUUCAGCUCCUCAGCCAAAAGAUGAUAUUGCAACCACUUACAAGCGUGUGCCAAUAAUUGUGGAUGUCUUGUUAAACGAUGUGGAUCCUCGUGGAGGAAACUUGACACUUGUAGACAUUGCUAUUCAACCACAAUUUGGUACUGCCAAGAUCAUUUCAAAGAACAGUAUCGUUUACCAAUCGUUGGGCUCGUUCAGUGGAAAUGACACCUUUUCAUAUGUCGUUUCGAAUCAAUACCUUACUACCAAUGCCACUGUCACUAUUCAAGUGUUGAAUCGUCCUCCUCAAGCAGUUCCAAUUCAAAAGGAUAUUCCAAAGAAUUCUCAAAAGAACUUGAUUGAUAUUUUCUCAUAUAUUGGAGAUAAUGGAGAACGUAUUUCAGAUAUUGACAAUGACAUGCUCCAUGUUGUUGGUUACAGUGACAAUCAAAUUCUGUCUGGAGGUGACAAUUCAAAAUUAGGUGUUGUUCAAGUGGAUACCUUUUCAGGUUUUUAUUAUACUCCAACCAAGGAUUUCAAUGGAGUUGAAAAGUUCACAUACACCAUCAGUGAUGGUAAUGAUACUUCAUCUUCCACAAUUACUCUUUCCAUUGCUAAUAAUCGUCCAGUGGCUAUGGAUGACAUUUUCAUGGUACCCAAAUACAGUGCUCAAACAUUAGAUCUCUUGAACAACGAUUACGAUGUCAAUUUUGAUAACAUUACCAUUACGAAAACCUAUGGCGUUGGAUAUGGUGGUGUCAAUCUUCAAAGUGAUAAGAAGAGCGUUGUGUAUUACACUUCAAGUGUCAUGACUACCAGAUAUGGUGACAGUUUUGAAUACAGUAUUUCAGAUGGAAAUGCUGAAGAAAGUUCUGCAGUUGUUUUCGUUCAAGUGUACAACAGCCCACCUCAAGUUAUUUCACAAACGAUUAAUAUCGCCAAGUCCACUGCCAACAAUACCAUUCCAGUAUUAUACUCGGAUCCAGACGGAAAAGAUUUGGUAACUUUGAAAAAAGUUUUUCCAACGUUACCUCAAGGAGCUAUCAAAUUGAUCAAAACUUUUGAUAUGCGUUACUUGGCAUGUUGUGAUUAUGUCAAUGUUGAAGUUAAUAAUUAUACAUUGAUUUUCACUCCAGCUCCAAAUACAGUCUAUAGCACCACGUUUGAAAUUACAAUGAAUGAUGGAGAGGCAGAUGGUGUUGGUCAGAUUGUUGUCAAUGUCGUAAAUACUCCACCAGUGGCUGUCGAAGACACGGCAGUUUGUGGAAAGAAUUUGAAUAUCUAUAUCAAUGUUGUGGAAAAUGACCACGAUCCAGAUUCUGGUGAUGUAUUGGUAUUGACAACUGACAAGUGGAAUUCUAGCACACAACUCGGCGGAAGUAUUACCAAGUUCAACGAUACUCAUGUAUUAUACACUGCUCCAAACGGACUCUUUAAUGUUUCUGAUGUGGCAUUUUACAGAAUUACUGAUCAGAGUAAGGCCAGUGAUGGUUCUCCAGAUCCAUCCAGUUUUGCCACUGGUAAGAUUGUCAUUACCAUAGUCAAUGAUCCACCCAUCCCAAUGGAUGAUACCCUCACCAUUCCAAAGGGUAAAACAUCUGUAUUGAAUAUAUUGUCCAAUGAUUUGGAUCCAAACGAUGGAUUGGGUUCUAUCCGAGUCAUUCAAAACGUUGAUGCCUCUUCCAAAAAGAAUAUUCUACCAUCCAUUUUGAAGAAUCAAAUGAAUGGAAACACAGAUGCUGUUUCAUAUGAUGCCGUGAACGAGGAAUAUGUGGAUUCUUUCACAUAUUCUAUUGUCGACCAAGAUGGACUCCAGUCCGUGAUUAAGGGAGUUGUGAAUUUAAAUGUUGUGAAUACUGCUGCUGUGGCUGCCGAUGAUUCCUACACAACCAAAUGGAAUACUUCAGUCGACUGCAACGUUAAAUCCAAUGACCAGGAUGAAAAUGGUGAUUUGGGAGUUUCUACGAUUGAGAUUACAACCAACCCUACCUAUGGAUCUGUGGUCAUGAUUGGUAACUUGGUGAGAUAUACUCCUAACCCAGGCUAUGUUGGAAAUGAUCAAUUCCAAUACAGACUCAAUGAUGGUAGCUCUGCUAAUGCACUUUCUAACAUUGCCAGAGUCUCCAUUAGUGUCACCAAUCAAGCACCAGUGACUGUUUCUGACACUGCCACCACCCAUUGGAGAAACCCCAUUGGAAUUUUAGUAACUCCUCUCAAGAAUGAUAAUGAUCCUGAAGGAGAUGCCUUAGUAGUUUCUGGAGCAAGUGCCGAUGCAGCCACUGUUGGAACUGUUUCACUUGUAGAUUCACAAACUGUGAAAUUUAUUCCAAGCAGUGUGAAACCCAUCUCUAUUGGUACCAAACAAUUUUAUUACACUGCUUUCGAUUAUAACAAACAAACUACUGGAACUGUAAAUGUUAUUGUCACGAAUACGAAACCUAUACCUACAGAUGAUACAUUUACCCUGCACUGGAGUGCUCCUGCAACUGUUUUGGAUGUUUUGAAGAAUGAUAAUGAUGCGAAUGAAGAUUCUCUUUCAGUGGCCAGUGUUGAUGUAACUUCAUUGUCCACAAAGGGUUCUGCCGUGGUUACCUCUGGAGGUGCUUCAAUUACGUAUACUCCAAAUAAGAAUGGACAACAAGAUAAAUUCAGAUAUAGUGUCAAUGAUGGAGCUCAAAAUUCUGACGUUCAAGCCACUGUGACCAUUUCAUUUACGAAUCAAGAUAAACCUGUUGCCUCAGAUGUUUCCAUGUCAAUCCAUUGGAGAGCUUUGCAAACUGCUGGAGGUUAUCAGGAAUUCGAGGUAUUGACCAACCCAACCGAUAGUGACGGUGAUACUAUUACCUUGUCAGUUGUCUCAUCAAGCACGUGCUCAAAGAUUGGCUCCAAUAAGGUUCGUGUAACUGUCCCUAGUGGAUUCAUUGGUAAGACUUCAUGCUCUUUCACGUUGAGUGACGGAUUGGACAGUGUCACCAAACAAGCAAGCGUUAUUACCUUUAACACAGCUCCAACUUGUUCCGAUAUUACAGUUUCUUUCGAUCCAAGUAAGUUCUCAUCAGGACAAGAGUUUGCCAUUGCCAGCUUUGUCAAGGAUGACGAUGGAAAUGAUGUUCCAUAUCUCACUCCAACCAGUCCAGCUGGAGCUACUGGUGGCGAUAGUUUGACAGUUGACACCGUUGAUAAGACUCUUGUUUUUAAACCAACCAAGACUGUUGGAACUCGUGUCAUGUCCUACAAGGUGACUGAUGGAGUGGCAACUUCUAAUGCUUGCUUAUUUACAGUUUAUGUUUCUUCCACUUCUCCAUCCGCUUAUGGAAAAUCUGUCACUGUUCAUUGGAAUUCGACCAACAACAUGAUUGACAUCUUUACAGGAAUUCCAACAUCGACCUUCUCCAAGAUUUAUCCAGGAUCCACUGGAACUGUAACCUAUAACUCUGGUUCAAAGAAGAUACUUUACACACCAAAGAGAGCAGUUGGCUUUGAUAAAUUCGAUGUUGAGGUCACGGAUGGUUUCGAAUCAAAUAACGUGACUGUUCAAGUUACCAUUUAUAACACAGUUCCAACAGUAACUGUACCUCAAGCAACUACCACUUGGAGUUCGUCUGGAAUUGAUAUUGAUUUACUAGUCAAUUAUGUCGAUAAGGAUAGAACGGAUGGAUAUGAAACUCUUGGAACUAUUACAUCCGUAGAUACUACUGGAACUCAAGGAUUAGUCUCACUCAAAGCAGAUCAGAGAAAUGUGAGAUAUGUUCCACAAGGAACUUUUACAGGAUUGACACAGUUUAAAGCAACAGCGACCGAUGGACUGGCCACAACGGUCUUUACAGUCUCUGUUCUUGUCACCAAUACUCCUCCAUCCACUAAAACCAAAAAUGUGGUCAUUUCUUGGACACAACACAAAGCUGGCUAUACCAUCAAUGUGUUGAAUACAAAUGGACAAGUCGAUACAGAUGCUGAAAACAAUCCAUUGACAGCCUCCUUAACCAGUGGAGUUUCUCCUUCUAAUGCUGGUACCGUGAGCAUGACCACUUCACCUAAUGUUGUCGUGAGAGCUGGAAGUAAUGUUUUCAUUGGAACUUUCACGUUCACAUAUUCUGCCUUUGAUGGUGUUGCCUCAAGCAUUGGUACGGUUCGUGUGACUGUGACCAACAAUUUGCCAUCCGCAACUGGAACUUCUCAAAACGUACACUGGAGAGCAACCAAUGUCAUUCUUGAUCCAAUUCCUAGCUAUGCCUCGAACUAUAAGGAUGGCGAUGGAGACAAUUUGACAAUUACUAGUGCCAGUGCUCAAAAAGGAUCAGCUCGUGCCCUCGUGAAUACCAUUUCUUACAAUGCCACUUCCUCAUUGGGACUUGAUGUGGUUCAGUACACUGUUUUUGAUGGAGCACAAUACUUGUCCAAUGCCAAUACAGUGGUCAAUGUGAAUAUUUACAACACUCUUCCAAAUGGUGACACUCUCAAUGAUUCUGGAAAAUGGACUUCGGUCAUUUCCACUCGAUUGGCCACUGCCUGUAAGGAUCUCGAUCCAUUAGAUGCUCCUCACGUUGUCUUCAAUGGAGGCAUUGCUUCAGUAGUAGGAGGAACAACUGUAGUGAGUGGAAGUACCGUGUCCUUCACACCCAAUAUUCCUGCUUCUUCGUAUGUUCUCUCUGGUAACUUGUAUACUGCAACUGGUAAUUACAAAUACACAUGUUAUGAUGGAUUACAAACUGGAACUGGAACCGUAGUGGUUACUGUCAUGAACAAUGCGCCAACAGGUACUGGGAACUCUGUGGUCAUUCCCAGAGAUUACACCAAGACUGCCUAUGACUUUACAUGGAGUCAAAUGGGUUCUUCAUUCUCAGAUAUAGAUGGAGACAGUGUCUCUAUUAAGGCAUCUACUGUGAAAUCAUUAUCAAGUGGAAUUACUGUGACAACUACCUCCUCAGGUAUUAGAAUUACACCAUCUCCAAAGACUGUCUCUGGAACGAAAUUAAUUUCCUUCAAAUUAUUUGAUGGACUUCAUGAAAGUGUCUCUGCCUUAAUAUUCAAUGUCACCUUCACCAACACUGCUCCAACUUGUUCAGGUGCAUCUUUCACAUUAUUCAAGGGAGAAUCAGUGAACAUGUUACCAACCUUGAAUCCACUCGCAUCCGACAUUAACAAGGACACUAUUUCAAUUACCUUGUCUGGAACUUUACCUUCAACGUUGGGUACUUUGAGUGGAACUAGUUUCACUGCUUCCUCCACGAGAAGUGGCUCUUCGAGUGCUUUGAGUUUUGUAGCUUCAGAUUCUCAGCUCAGCACACCAUGUCCAAUUACCAUUACUGUGUUGAAUAGACCUCCUGUUGCUUUGAAUGAUACCUUCCCAAUUACUGCCUCUUCGAAUCUUGUUUCUACUCACACCUAUUCCAAAUUCUCGGAUCCAGAUGUUGCCGACACAGUGACUGUUUCAAAGAUUUCUGACACGUGUAGUGGCAUUGCAACUUCUGUCACAGUUUCAUCGAGUGGUGUGGUCACUUUCACAAGAAAGAGUAAUAUCAUUACUGGAUCUUGCACAUUGAACGUCAAAGUUACCGAUAGUGAUCCAGUGAAUCCCCUCUCUUCCAAUGCUUUCAUUACCAUUGUCAUGACUUCCAUGUCUCCCAUUGCCAGAAAUGAUCGAUUCCAAAUUAAUCAAGGUCAAACCAUUAGAAUUUAUGUGAGUCAACUGUUGGCCAACGAUACCGAUGAAUUUGGUACUAGCAGCGGCUGUUCCUUUGUUUCAUUCAGUUGUCCAGAUUCUACCUAUUGUCACAAAACUCCUCGUCUCAUCAAUGUGAACGGACAACAAGCUAUUGAAGUAGAUAGUGAUCAACAGACAUGCCAAGCCGAUAAGUUUAGAUAUACCAUGCAAACGACUUUGGGAGCUCAAAGAUCUGCCGAUGUUUUUAUAGAAUUUAAGAAUUGCUAUUGUACUGCCAAGAUAGACUUUGUAUUCUUAUUGGACUCUUCUGGUUCCAUUGGAGGUGAGAACUUUAAUUCCAUGCGAAGAUUUGCUAAACGUAUCACGGGUCGAUUCAAACUUGGUGCUGAUGCCGUACAAGUCGGUAUUGUGAAAUUCCACGAUUGGGAGACGAUCGAGCUCGAAUUGACUGCAGAUGGAGCUCUUAUCAAUCGAACUCUGGAUCAAAUGGAUUAUGAUAGUGGAGCCACUGCUCAAAUUGCUGGUCUUCGAGCAGCUGUGAAUGUAUUGUCUUAUGGAAGACCAGAUGCUGCCAAAGUCAUUUAUGUGUUGACAGAUGGCAUUUCGAACGUACCUUGUAGUUGCGGUCAGUGCCGAAGAGAAUGGGAAACUCUUCCAAGUGUCUAUCCAUACAGUGUUGGAGAAAGAAUUGUGAACAAUCGAACUUUAACUGCACAAGAACGAAAUUUACUCCUCCAAGACCAAUGCAAGUAUCAAUUCUCAGAUGACGAUUGGAGCUUUAGUGGAAAAUCAUGUGAUUACUGUGGUCGUGACAGUUGGGAUUCCUACUGUUUGCCAUGUAGUGACGCUGUUCCUAUUGCUCAAAAGGUGAAUUCAUGGAAGAGAAAUUCUUCAGGUGUCGUACCCAAUGAUCCAGACAAUCCAUUCAACGGUAAUAACAAAGUUCAAUGGAAGAUUGUUUCGAUGGCUGUAGGAGAUGCCAUGUCUUCGUCCAUUGGAGCAAGACAGAUUCAAGGUAUGAACUAUGAUCCUUCUCGAGCUAUUACUGUUUCAUGGAGUGAUUUGCAAUCGACCAUGUCAGAAAUUGUGGAUCAAAGUUGUAACCAAAACAAUGUGCAAGUAGGUCAAUAA